UUUACUGCUUGUGCCGCAAGACCGCAGUAGCUCUCUGUAGUGUAAAUGAUUUGUAUUACAGGAUUUGUUGUUGUUUUGCAGUGAUACAAAUUUACAACCUAAUCAACUAAUUGUUUGAUUAUUCCUGAAAUUAUUAUUUAAUUAUCACAUUAUUUGCUUUGUGAAGUGUGUUUUAAUUUGUUAAAGAAAAUGUCUCUUUCAAGAAUCAUCUUUCGAGGAACUGCCAUCAAUGCUAGAGGUCUUGCCACUGCCACGGAUUCUAUUCAGAAAUUGUUUUUGGAUAAGAUUUCUGAAUUUAAAAAGAAGGGUGAUUUCAUUGAGUCUGAUGCCCAAGCAAAUGCGCUAAUGAAAGCCGAAAUGGAAAGAAUCGCAAAUCAGUUUGGUGUAAAGAAAGAUGAGGAGGACAAGAUUACUUUCAAAAGCCAAGAAGGAUUCAAGCUUGAGGAACCAAUCAAGAUUCAAUAUGACAAUUAAAUAGUGAAUUACAUCUCUUAAAUAAAUAGGUUGUACAAAACCAAUAGAAAUUUAAUGAACUUUAAAAUAAAGCAAGAACGAAUCAUUGAUACCAUGUAAUUCGUUUUAACUUAAAAAAACCUCCUUAAGGCUCUUUUUUAAUCUUUCUGGUGGACUGUGCAACUCAGGUAAAAAAUAAAGAAGACAAGUGAGUAAAGAAAAGAAGAGAGUUGAAGGAAGAUACUUUAUUUUACAAGAAUUUGGCCAAAAAUCGUGAGACUUGUUAAAAAAGGAAAUGAGCGGUUAUGUCAUUGAGAAACAAAAGAAAGAGAUUCACGAGCUCAAACUGGAUAUGGAAGAAAUGAAACAUGAAAUUAGUUAAAAUACUGUGAUGACCACUGACAGCAAUCAAGUAAAAUUAAUACUCCUCCAUAUUUUAGCAAAUAUCGUACAGAGCAACUUGCUGAUGAUGAAAGUGAGACGAUAAAAAAAAGGACAAGAGACGGCAAAGUUAAAGACGGCUUCAAUGGUGGAUUAGGAAGAACGAAAUAAACUGAGAGGAAAAAAAAUUGAUGUUAGCAAUGAUGAUAAUGAUGAUGAUGAUGAUGAAUAUUAUUAUUAUUAGUAAGAAACAUGACUAUGUUAGUUUGGCAAAUUAGAGGUAAAAGUGAUUGUUAAAAACUGAUAAAGCUCGGCUCUUGAUGAGAUCGUGACUGGUUAUCCAGACGCUUAAAGAUGAUGGUGAGGGUAAUGUGUAAGGUACGAGAAAAUAUGAUGAUGAAGCUUCAACAGACGCCCCCGAAUCAUGGUUACCUUUUUUCUGUUUACAGAAUUCAGGGUGUGCCUCGACCUCCCCCUCUACCUCGGUAACCUUUUAAGCCUCCUCCUCCUCCUCCUCUUGACCAUCAUCUUACAUCUACUUCUUAUUCCCAAUAAAUAUCAACAUAAUCAUUUCCCACGGCAACAAAUGAAAAUGCACACAGAGUCGCUUUACAUUCUCGCCAUCUUCAUCAUGACUUUCACUCAUCUCACUCUCUCAUCAUUAUCAUCUUCGUCUUCUUUUUUUCCUCUUCUAUCACUUUACCUGCCAACUUUGAGACUUAAACUUGAACAUUUUGUUCUUUUUUCCAGGCGAAUUAUAUUCUCAUAGUUCACCUUAUCAAAAACCUUUACUUUUUUCAAUGUUACUGUUUAAUUUGCAAAGAAAUACAAAUUGUACGUUUAAUUUUAUCCUUUGAAUCUGUUGAUUUUUGUUUAAUGUUUCAUCAUUGUUACCUGAUAAUUAGUUCUUUACCUUUUGUGUUCAAUGAUAUUAAGAUUAAUUAUUAUAGUACCUGUUGAUUUGGUCUGAUUAACCGUUUCCAUGAAUCUUUUUGGAUGAUUACCUACAAAAGCCUCUGUUUAACCUCUUUUUUACUAGUUACAUUCACUUUCAUCAAAAUCUUGGCAAGUGAAACCAUCAAUGUACAUUUAUCAAAUGAUACAUCAAUAUCAUCUUCAGAACCAUCAUCGACUGACCAUUCUUCAUCAUUUACACCUUUUAAUAGUAAUGUUAAUCAAAUUGUUAGAGGAUAUCCAUGUGUUAAGAAAAGUAAUCAACUUUAUUGUGGUUCACCCGGUCAAAUUUAUCCAAGGAAAAACAUUGAAAAUUACAUAGAGGAAAAUAAAGCUUUGAUAAAACGAAUGUUUGGAGAAAAUUUAUCACAGUUAUUUGAUGGACAAAUUGAUGAUCAUUUAAAUUUGGAUAAUCAAGCUGAUAAAAAGAGUAAAGUUCGAGUUCCAAGAUCUAGUUAUGAAGAAUUCAAUGAUAACAGAAUUGAUUCGUGUGAAUCCAAUGUUGAAAUUGUAACUCCUUAUUGGGCAGCCAAUUCAGCAGGUAAAAUCCGAGCUGUGGUCAAUACUCAGCAUUUACAACAGGCGAUACAACAAGAAGUUUGCCGCACAUCACAAACCAGUAGAUGUAAUAAAGAUUGCACUUGUGAACAAAAAUAUAAAUGGCAUCGUUUACUCGCUUAUGAUCCAGAUGAUGAUUGCAAAGGAAUUUUCAUGGAUUGGUUUUUAUUUCCAUCUUGCUGUGUUUGUCGGUGUUUAAAGAUCUUUAAACAAUAACAAAUUUUGGACUAAAAUAAAUGGUCAUCUGUGAGAAAGAAAACAAAAAAUAAAAAUUAAUGGACACUGCGGACACAAAAAUGCUUAUUUAUAAAACAUCAACAUGACAACAAAUUGAAAAUUUUCACAUGUAAAAAAAUUACUGCCAUCUAUUGUAAAAACACUUUCAUAUUUUUAUAAUUGUAAUUACUCAAUUUUGUAUUCCAUAUUAUUUAAAUAUGUGAUUUGUAAUUAAAUAUCUCAAUC